UAGUGUAUAGUGUAGUAUAUAGUGUAGUGUAUAGUGUAGUGUAUAGUGUAGUACGUACAUUGAACCGUGCUGACCCCCCCCCCCCAGGCAUCACCCUGGGGGUCCUCAUCUCGCUGCUGGUGACGAUGGUGGCCUUGGCUGUCUACGUUUACCGCCCGCUGAGGCCGGGACGCUAACAUCGUCAUGGCCACCACCUCCUCAACCUCCUCUUCGUCGUUAACAUUCACUCGCAGCGACGUCACGAGACCCCCUUUGCCAGCAUGAAGUUGUGAUGAUCUUGAUUUGAAGCUUUCGUGACUGCAGGGAUCCAUACUCUGUGGUUAUUUUGGGAAAGUCCACGUAGGUAGUAAAAUAGUAAUAGAUCACGACGUUUCGGGUGCAACACACUACACUAUUACACUAUACACUACACUAUACACUACACUACUACACUAUACACUACCCUACGACACUAUACACUACACUAUUACACUAUACACUUCACUAUACACUUCUAUACACUACACUAUACACUACUACACUACACUACUACACUAUACACUACACUAUUACACUACUAUACACUACUACAUUACACUAUACACUACUACACUAUACACUACACUAUACACUACACUAUACUACUACAUGACUACACUAUACACUACACUACUAAACUAUACAUAGGUAUGAAAUAAAUCACGUUUCAGGUGCAACACACUACACUAUACACUACACUAUUAUACUAUACACUACACUAUACACUACACUAUUAUACUAUACACUACACUAUACACUACACUACUACACUAUACACUACACUACUACACUAUACACUACACUACUAAACUAUACGUAGGUAUCAAAUAAAUCACGACGUUUCGGGCGCAACACACGCUUGCAUUCUGACCACAAGCAUUGUGGUCAAUGCAGACACGAUUCCUCGUAACAGGUAUCCGUUUGGUGUUUUAACAACUCAACGCGGCUGUUUUGUCGGCAGAUAAAAGGGGGGGGAAAAAACCUCUUCUCAUAUUUCGCUAGUGGCAAAGGAGGUCCCUCAUGAUGUGGUGCUCCACAUAUUCUAAUGCAAGAGUAGUGUGGUUCAAGGAGGCUUGGACGACGUAGUCGGAGGCACACUUAUUUAUUCAACACAGUUGUAUGUACAGGCCGAGAUAUACAACACUCGGCGGGGUAUCGGCCCCUCCACCCGUCUAACUGGGAGAUCGACAACCUAUGUCACAGCUAGCCUACUCCUAGGUCCUCCACUAUCGGGCUAGGUGAGGCUAGCUAACCCAGUUCUGGUUAAGCUGGGAUUACGGCACCCUGAGUUCCCAGACCGGCUCUUACAAGAGCAUCGGCUCUGGGCUCUUGGGGCCACGCCACUGGCUGGCCUUGGUCGCUCCUGAGAAGGACAGCGAUCCAGGGGAGUCCCAGGGCUCAUCUAGCAGGUCUUCUUGCUUCGCUGGUUAAAGCUGAACACUCAACCCCGAGCCCUCUGGCUCACCGCCUUAUAUAGCAACUCCCCCACUGAGGGGUGGGGCCGUGGGGGAUCCCAGCUCCGUAUUAGCCCCCCAGGCUAAACGGCGCGGACGUUGAUGUAAGCACCUGCUCGCGUAUAGACAUAGCCACACCCAAGUGUAGAGGAGUAACAUGGGGACGUGACGUCGUGUGUGCCGUCCAGUGCGAUGACGUCACGGAACGUGACGUCACGCGCGAUGGGCAUCUCGAUGACGUCAUGUCCCCUUACCUCCGUCUGCCGAGUGCGUCCUGGGAAACCCCUCAACACAGGGAUGAGAACUUAAAGGACAUUAAUUGCUUCCAACGUGUAUUUAUUAAAAUGUGUUAAGUUAAUUAGAACAAAGAAACAUUGAAGAUUAGUUAAGUUAUAAUAAUAAACAAGUAUAACCCGUAAAAACAAAGUUUUUCACUCUAAAUCCUUUAUAUGCGUGGCGGCUAGAGUCCUCUCGUCCUCUGGCUUGAGAUGGCUGCCACCUAUGGGUCAGAUGAUUGCAUUGCACCAUUAGGCAAUUGGUAAUUAAAUAUAAUAUUUUUGUCCUAAAAAGUGUAAAAUUUUGGAAAAAAAAUUUCACGAACAUUAAUUGUCACGCACAACGAGUCUGUGUGCAAAAUGUCAGCUCGAUUGGAUCACGGAAAAUGGGUUAAAAAACGGCCAAAAGAUUUGCACGGUCCUAAGCAAGCAAGCGAACUUAAUAUAAAGGAUUUAAAAAUACAACAAUUCCAACGAGUAAUGGGACUUUUCAAAUGGCUAAAAAUUGCAGUCUUUUUUUUGCGAUUUCCCAAUCGCAUUGUAUCAAAUUGUCAUUUCGAUUUCAUAUCGAUGAAUCAUUCAGCCCGAGUGGCCAGCACCACCACCAUGCCUGGCUGGCCGCCUUUGUCUCUCCCCCAGUGCUAGCGAUGUUGACUACACUACAGCGCUACACCGGGUACUCAGUUGAGGCUGAGUCGAUCUAGGGGAGGCCCAGGACCGGUUCAGAGAAUCGUCACUGAGUGGUGUUGGCCGUGAGCGGGAAUCGAACUCGUGUCGCCGGGUUCGUAGCGCAGCGUAGCGAUAACCACUAAAUCCAACACUCCCCACAGACAACAACAACCGCCAUUCGCCACUAAGUAGCGGUGACGUCACCACAACGCUUGUGCCAGGCUAGGUGCACGUUGAGGCCACGUGAUGUGUCGAGCGCCCGCUGGCAGGAGGUCACGGGGCAGACCCAGCAGGUGCCACGGGUCGACUGACUUGAGAUGCUGGCUGAUGCACCACCUGUGCCCCCUACUGUGCCAACUUGCUGUGCUUUAGCCACCCGGAGCUCUGCUCGUUGUUGUGAGCGUCGCUCCUCCCUCCGUUGUUGUUGGAGGGCGACUGCCUCCAACUGCCCAGUAGCGUCCUUCACGAGCCUCCUCCAGAGGCCGAUCUUGACACCGCUGGUACCAGUCAUCUGCAAGUCCACUCAGCUCCACGUCCUCCGGCCGAACAAAAGCUGUUUAGGCAUGCGGUGGCUGGGCAUGCGGGCUAGAUGACCCAGCCAACGCAGCCUUGCCUGCCGGAGGAGCUCACCGAUGGGACUUUGUCCAGAUCUUUCGAGGAUUUGUGAGCUCCUCACACAAUCCAGUCUGGUUAAACCCAGGAUGGAUCGUAGGCAGGCCAGCCUUAAUGUUUCCAACUGGCGAAGAUGCUCCAUUAGGGGGGGUCCACGUCUCGCAAGCGUAGAGAAGGGAGGGAAUGACCGUGGCCGAGAAGACCUGAAGCUUCGUGCGGAGCGACAGACCAGGUAGCUUCCACACAGCGUUACGCAACCGGUGAAAAGAUAUUGCCGCUCGACUGAUUCGGAGUGAGACCUCUGCUGUUAAACUGGAGCUGGUCAUAAGCACACUGCUCAGGUAUGGGAAACUCUCCACUCUUUCCACAACUGCCCCAUCAUCGAUUGGGAGUUGUGGGGGUGGAGUGUCCGAUGGCACAAAAUACCCAGGUGCUUAGUUUUGGUGGGGCUGAUGGUAAGGCCCCACCUCUUAGUGGCAUGCUCCAGUCUCAGCAACAGCAUCUCCAACUCCUCCUUUGAAUGAACAGCUAUUACCAGAUCAUCGGCACACAUAACGUGGUUUAGCAAUAGGUAGCCAUCCCUUGAGCGCACCCAGGCAUCGAUCAGCCUCCCAUUAUAUCUGUACCAAAUGGAAAUUCCCCCGGUACAGCUAUUGAAGGCUUCACGAACACACAGACACGCCCAGCGCUAGGCUGACUCAUGACAUCUCGCAAAGGAUCCCUCCGCCGAACAAAGUAGUUCCAUGGUCCUGUUUGCAUUUUUAAGUCAAUGUCCGAAAAAUAUUUAUUAAAAUAGUUCAUGGAAGCCGCAUGUUUGUGUCGGUGUUCGUAAGUGGGGGCGUUCGUAAGUGGAGGAUUACUAAUUUGUGUGUGUUCGUAAGUGAAGGAGUUCGUACGUGGGGUUUCAAAGAUUGUUCGUGUUCGUAAGUAGAUGUCUUUGUUAUCAGUGUUCGUAAGCUGGGGAUUAAACGCGUGCUGAAGUUGAUUCUAAAUGUCGAGGGGAAACCGGAGAAACCGGAGACAAAAUAAUCGACGCAGUGACCACCACGGGGAGAGACACAGACUCCAAAUAUACAGCAGGACCCACGACCUCCUGUAGACCAGGCGAGGUAGUCAACAUCUCACAGGACCCACGACCUCCUGUAGACCAGGCGAGGUAGUCAACAUCUCACAGAACCCAAGACCUCCUGUAGACCAGGCGAGGUAGUCAACAUCUCACAGAACCCAAGACCUCCUGUAGACCAGGCGAGGUAGUCAACAUCUCACAGAACCCAAGACCUCCUGUAGACCAGGCGAGGUAGUCAACAUCUCACAGGACCCACGACCUCCUGUAGACCAGGCGAGGUAGUCAACAUCUCACAGAACCCACGACCUCCUGUAGACCAGGCGAGGUAGUCAACAUCUCACAGAACCCACGACCUCCUGUAGACCAGGCGAGGUAGUCAACAUCUCACAGAACCCACGACCUCCUGUAGACCAGGCGAGGUAGUCAACAUCUCACAGGACCCACGACCUCCUGUAGACCAGGCGAGGUAGUCAACAUCUCACAGGACCCACGACCUCCUGUAGACCAGGCGAGGUAGUCAACAUCUCACAGGACCCACGACCUCCUGUAGACCAGGCGAGGUAGUCAACAUCUCACAGAACCCAAGACCUCCUGUAGACCAGGCGAGGUAGUCAACAUCUCACAGGACCCACGACCUCCUGUAGACCAGGCGAGGUAGUCAACAUCUCACAGGACCCACGACCUCCUGUAGACCAGGCGAGGUAGUCAACAUCUCACAGGACCCACGACCUCCUGUAGACCAGGCGAGGUAGUCAACAUCUCACAGGACCCACGACCUCCUGUAGACCAGGCGAGGUAGUCAACAUCUCACAGAACCCACGACCUCCUGUAGACCAGGCGAGGUAGUCAACAUCUGACAGAACCCACGACCUCCUGUAGACCAGGCGAGGUAGUCAACAUAUCACAGGACCCACGACCUCCUGUAGACCAGGCGAGGUAGUCAACAUCUCACAGAACCCACGACCUCCUGUAGACCAGGCGAGGUAGUCAACAUCUCACCACGGGGAGAGAGACGCAGACUCCAAAUAUACAGCAGGACCCACGACCUCCUGUAGACCAGGCGAGGUAGUCAACAUCUCACAGAACCCACGACCUCCUGUAGACCAGGCGAGGUAGUCAACAUCUCCCUAGCCAACGUGGCGCUUUGCACCAUUUCGCGUGUUAUCUUUUUGUCUCGAGACAAAACAUAUUUGCACUGGCACUCUAAACAACCCCCCACCCCCCUCUCUCUCUCUCCCACACACGCACCUUGACCUGCACCUACUCAAGGAAGUGAGCUCAUGUGCAUUGCUCUAGAAGGGAAGUGAUACAGGAAACGAAACAACAGAGUCGUAGCUGGUAGUCUCCUCCCUCUCUUUCUCUCGCUUUUUUUCGAGAGAGGCGAUCAAACUAUAGACCGUGCGUUUAACCUUGACAAAGCUACGCUACGUAUGUGUGUGUGUGCGUGUGUAGAACUUCUUUGGCGCCGUACGUAGCCAGCCGUGGCUAAUCGGAGGUGCGGGGGGGGAUUACAAACUGAACACAGCAACGCAGAGCGGUUCUACAAACAUUAGUUCUCAAUCAAGUAUAGUGGUGUAGUGUAUAGUGUAGUGUAUAGUGUUGUAGUGUAUAGUAGUGUAUAGUGUUGUAGUGUAUAGUAGUGUAUAGUGUGGUGUAUAGUGUAGUGUAUAGUAGUGUACAGUGGUGUAGUGUAUUGUAUUGUGGUGUAGUGUAUAAUGGUGUAGUGUAUAGUAGUAUAGUAUUCUACAUUGUAUAGUAGUGCAUAGUGAUAUAUAGCAGUGUAGUGUAUAGUAGUGUAUAGUGUAGUGUAUAGUAGUGUAUAGUGUCGUGUAUAGUAGUGUAUAGUGUAGUGUAUAGUGUAGUGUAUAGUGUAGAGUAUAGUAGUGUAGUGUGUAGUGUAGUGUAUAGUGUAGUAGUGUGUAGUGUAGUGUAUAGUGUAGUGUGUAGUAGUGUAUAGUGUAGUGUAUAGCACUGUAGUGUAUAGCAGUGUAGUGUGUAGUGUAGUGUAUAGUAGUGUAUAGUGUAGUGUAUAGUGUAGUAUAUAGCAGUAUAGUGUAGUGUAUAGUGUAGUAUAUAGCAGUGUAGUGUAUAGUGUAGUGUGUAGUGAGUGUAUAGUGUAGUAGUGUAUAGUGUAGUGUAUAGUAGUGCAUAGUGUGGUGUACGUAUGUCCAACUUCUAUCGCGCCGUACAUCGGCAACCGUGCUAAUCGCGGAGAUCCCAUUGGAGAGACAUUGGGGAGACUUUGUGAGCGAAUGAGGAAGCAUCGGUGAUGAACCUGAGCUGCUGACACAGGAGGACGAGAGGAUCACGACAUGAUUCUGUGGAAGAGACCAGUUGAGUGGAGGGGAAUCAUCCUUCUCAUGGUCUCUGCCGCUGCCAUUCUGGCCGACAGAGUUUGCGAUCGCGGCUUCUACAAAACACACCAGGGCUUCUGCUGCAGACUCUGCCGCCCAGGGACUUUCAAGAUUGUCGACUGCAUCACCGAUGGCAUGGACCCUUUGUGUGAGCUAUGCCCUGAGGGCACCUUCAGCAACCGAGAGCAUCAGGAGAAGACAUGCAUGCCGUGCGGGGCUUGCGGACCAGAUGAGGAGGUGGCUCACGCCUGCUCCUUGGCCCAGGACACCGUGUGCCAGUGCAAGGAGGGGUUCAAGAGAGACCCUGGCUCGCAGCUCUGUGUUCGUGAAGGGCCCAGCCAAGUACUAGCAACCAUCGUGUUGGGAUGCAUCGCCGCACUCUUGCUGAACGCUAUAACUAUCAUCAUCAUCGUUUUUAGACGGAGACCGAAGCUCUCUCGCGCCAGGUACGAAGAGGCGGCACCGCUCCUCGUAGUCGUAAAGAACGGGACCCAGGCGGACGGUGAAAUUGCUGAUAACAUGGUAAAGCAGGUAAUGCAGGAAUACUCAGAGGAGCUAAAGGAGUGGGUCGGUGAGAACCCGACCCCUCUCCUGGAGCAUCUGAUCAACAACCGCACAAUCACACGGGAAGUUUACAGCACGGCCAAAAGCAAGGGUGGAAAGGACUGCGUGGAGUUUCUACUUCACCACUUCCUCAACCGGGGAGGGAAGGAGUACUUCAGGCUCUGGAACGCUCUCUACGCCGUUAGAAGAAACUACCUGCAGCUGUGGAAGAUGUUCAACGAAAAGGUAUGCGUGGUCCUUUAACUCUUCACUACGAUAAACAUCACGUCAAGUUGCUUCGAAUCGUCAAUUAAAAAACACGGUGCU